AAUAUCGUCGCUGUCAAUCAGAAGCUGUCUAUCAGUGAGUCUUCUUUAUUCAUUUGGGCAAUGUGGUAGUGCGUGGAAUAAGGUUAAUCGACAUACUAAUGAAGAUUCGCUUCUCGCAUGCAUAUGACAGAGAAUCGUUUCUGUAGGAAGUUGGCCUGCUGACAGUUGCGCUAUGCCCAGGUAGUUAGGCAGUGUACCAGGACGCUGUUCGCCAAAACGUGCAAUGCAAAUACUCAAGUCUUCUGCACUUUGUUCGACAUGGAUAUCAAACGUUUCCUCUGCGUCCCGCUUCGGUAAUGCCGGGCUUCAGGACCACUCCAUUCGGAAUGUCCCGCCAUUUUAUGUCGUUCUUGCCAACCCAACGAUCAAAUAACAAUGCUUCAUUUGCAACGCUUAUCAGGACCACCUGUCUCCGCGCAUCAAUUGCUAAGAAAAGCACAGUCAGGCGCUCAUACCAUACCACGAUGUCAGCUCCUGGAAUCCCCCCAGAUAUUGCGUCUAUAGCGGCUCCUGUGCUUCUAGGAUAUCUCUUUAACUGGGGCUUAUAUGGGAUCUUAACCAUGCAAGUCUAUGUCUACUACUUAGCAUUUCCAAACGACAAACUAUGGUUCAAAUGCGUGGUCUAUGGACUUUACAUUAUGGAUACUCUCCAAUCGAUCCUAGUUGCUCAUGACGCAUUUAAUGGCUACGCGAAGGGUUUCGGAGACUUGACGGCACUAGGUUCCAUACAAAUGGAAUGGCUCGCUACUCCGAUUCUGACCGGACUCGCGAGCUUCACUGUACAGCUCUGCUACACGUAUAGAAUUUAUGUUUUAUCACGUUCAAAAAUUCUAUGUGGUGUCAUUUCCGCGAUUGCGUUAACACAAGCAAUUGCUUCGAUCGUUACGGGAGUCCAAGCCUUACAAGCUGGUGAAAUUGCAGCGUUAGCAUCCGAGGCAUUCGUCGCGACAUCCAUCUGGCUCUCUGGGAGCGCUCUAUGCGACGUUCUGAUCGCGGUUAGCAUGACGUUUCUGCUUGCACGCAAAGACACAGGGAUGGUAGCUACCCAUGCAUCGCUAACUAAGCUGAUUCGACUUGUUGUUGAGACUGGUUCUCUAACAGCAACUACAGCUAUUAUUGAUUUAGUGCUCUUCCUUGAUUUACCCCAUAAGGCGUUCCAUGGAUGUGUCGCUCUCGUUUUGGCGAAGUUUUACUCCAAUUCUCUCCUUGUAGUUUUUAAUAGCCGACUCCGCAUAGCGAAUGGGCGUAACGAUCAGACGGCGUCUCAUACCAGUUCUAUAUCCUUCAGGAGAAAGGGUGGAAUUGGUCAGGCGACGACUCUGUCGCUUGGUGACCCAAGCAGGAGGCCAGGUGGGAAUUUACUCGAUGGAAUCCACGUUCAAGAAGAGACAUGGACAGACAACAUUCAGCUUGAUUCUCAGGCUUCACUUAGUGUGAAGAAAACUAGUUUUUUGCCACACGAAGUCUAGAUUCUCAGAGCAAUUAUUUAAGGCUAAUUAUGGAGGCAAACGAUGCUCCAAGAUGCCCAUUUUGUACUUUGUCAAAUGGAGAUAAUGCUUAAGGAAAUUUUUGGUAAUCUGUACGCUCAAUUCGUAAUAUAUAUCUUUGGA